CCCGAUCGGAGCGCACUCCGCUCAGGCGCAGGCAGUUGUGACUUUACCUUAGAUCCAUUCGUUGGUACAAACUGGUGUUUUAUUAGCAAACAAGAUGCAGUGCUUCAUUUGUGUUACAUACAUGAUAAUAUUAUGCAGUGGUCAUCCGGCAAAAGACCGAGAAGUUUCAUCUCAACACGAAAAGAGAUCCUUAUUUCAUGACGUCAUUGAAUCUUUACGAAUUCACUCUCAGCUACCUGAAGAAGUGAAUCAAAAUGAAGAAAAUAAUCUAUCUCAAAACUAUCAUAGAUUCGGUUACGAAGACGAAUCUCCUGAAAUCGCAAUCGAUAGAGGUUUUGUGCCAAGACGUAAUGAUCGUAUAGAAAUGCCGACAAUUAACUAUAGAUACCCAAAAAGUCUGAAUAAUGAUACAGUUGAGAAGAGCGAUAAGCCUAAAGAAGAGUUUGUAUUGUAUAUAGAAACUACAACUGAGGCCAAAACUACUCAGAAAACUAAAAAAACGAAUCGUCCUUUUCGACCCAAUAAUAAAAAUAAAGUAGCCAAUAAAAAUAAACAGAAUGAAGAAAUAGAAGACGAAAUCGAACCAAUCAACGAUGAGAAUCAAUCAUCUGAAAAUUUUCCGUUGAGCAACAACAUGUCUGGUCAAAGUCAAAUUGGAAAUAGAGAGUCCCAAACAGUCGUGAAACCGACCGUUAUAAUCAAUAUUAGAGGAACUAUAUCACACCAAGAUGGAGAAAUAAAAUUAGGAAGUAGAGAUAACAAUGACACGGUUAAUGAACCAUCGAAAAACGUAUUUCAUAUCAACCAAGAGAUAAAUGUAGACCGUGCUAAUCGUAAUAUAAGUAAAAGAAAGGAAGCAAAUACAAUACGACACGAAGUCAAAAUCGUUGGUAAAGUCGAAGAUGACAUGAUGAUGUGCGAGACAGGAACAUGGAACCCACAAAAGAAUCGUGAAUCUCGUAAAGUUGACGUUUUACAAAUUUUAUUAUCUGUUUAGUUUAUAGAGUAAGAAUGAGUAUCUUCGUUUAUAAUU